AUGAGUGUAAGUACAACAUUCGCAUUUUCAUUGUUGAUAUUAUUAUUUACAUAUAUAAUCAAUAGUGUAAAUGGGCAUGGACGAUUAGAUGAGCCACCAGCUCGAAAUUCGGCAUGGCGUUAUGGUUUUAAGGUACCAGCGGAUUAUGAUGAUGUUGGAUUAAAUUGCGGUGGACUCGGUGUACAAAAAACAAAUAAUGGUAAAUGUGGAACAUGUGGUGAUUCGUAUACGGGUACCCGUUAUCAUGAAGUUGGUGGAAAGUAUGCAACGGGAACAAUUGUAAGAACGUAUGCAACAGGAUCAAUAAUCGAUAUCAAAGUUUUGGUUCCUAAUCACAAAGGUUACAUGGAAUUUCGUUUGUGUCCAGCAUCUAAUGAGUAUGUGGAAGUCACACAAGAAUGUUUAGAUCAACACGUACUCGAAAUUGAAGGUUAUGGACAACAAUUUCCUGUUCUAGAAGGAAUGGAUUCAAUUUAUCUUAAAGCUCAUUUACCAACUGAUGUAUGGUGUUCUCAUUGUGUUCUGCAAUGGCGUUAUCAUGCCGGUAAUAAUUGGGGUACAGAUUUGGAGAGUGGUAAACAAUGUUUAGGAUGUGGUUAUCAGGAAGAGUUUUAUAACUGCGCCGAUAUAACAAUAAUAUACAAUGAUAACGGCCUUCUACCUUGGUCUACAACAACCACAACAAAAACUACAUCAACAACUACCACCAUGAGAACCACAACUCAGCCACCCUAUAUUACCGUCACAAAUCCUACAACGACUACCACUACAUCAUUUCCAUUUAUAUUUCCUACAACGACUACCACUACAUCAUUUCCAUUUAUAUUUCCUACAACUACAACGAUUAAAACAACAACAUCGUUGACUGUCAUCAUUCCGUUUAGUCCAUCGGAGUUAUUAACAGACAGUAAAGAAGAAGGACAAAUUACAUGUUAUGCAACCAGUGAAGCGUUAAAACCUCUAGUGGGUAUUGAAAAAUGGUGUAAAGAAUUGUGUAAAGUUGAUUGUCCACCAUCACUUUGUGUUUGUGUAGAAAUAUAA